GUGAAAAACGCGCUUAUUUGGCGGAGUGCUAUUGUUAUGGCAAUGGCAUCUAGCACAAUAUUAACAAGUUCAUCUUCAUCUUGCAGAACAUCAUCUUGGCUCCUCCGUUUUUCCACAGGGAAUGUUAAAACGGGGACCACCCGGAAGAUGCCUCUGCUGCAGAAGAAGAUGCAUUUGUAGUUCUAAUAUCGGGCUGCUCACGGUGUGAUUGAAAAAGAGGCCUCGAGAUCAGCCAACCCUCUCUUAGUCGCCGAAAGAAAACGCAACUUCUUCGAGAAGACAGCGGCGAAGCGGAGAGCAAGCCUAACGAUGACACACCCUGCAAGAGGCAUGUUUACGUCCAAAGAUGAUCUACUGCCUGAAGCUGACGGUGAUAAAGAUCUUGUGCAGCCGCGUGGUCAAUUUAGACGAGCCAAUACAGUCGGGGAAUAUUACAACUUGUCAACUACCGCGUCAUUAGGAGUUGAUGUAGGAAGUAUGACCCUGCCUCCCGCUUCUACAAAAAGCGGCAUUGCUGGACGUCGUUUUUCUGCCUCAGAAAGUAGACGAGCAACGAUGGAAGACGUCGGAGGUGGAGGUAGUAGUGCUAGUCUCGCUACAUCGUCUCAACAACAUGGAGGUUCAUCUUCUAGCAGAGACAAGACAGCAUUUGGAACGAAUUUGAUGCUGCCAGUGCGUCUAGUCGAUGAGGA